GUAGGCUGACAGUAGGGAUCCCCCCGCCAUCUGCACAGUGCCGAGUCCCGGCCAGUCUGUAAGCUGUACAAUCCGCUCAACUGCUCCAGGGAAGAGAUCUACACGGAGAGAUAACGGGGCUGCGAUCGGGACCGGCUGAGCGGGGGACGGGCACUCAGUGACAGCUCGGGAUCACAGGCAGACCAUUGUUGUGUGUGUGUGUGAGUGCGGCAUUGGAAGAUCACACCUAGAUCCGAGCACAGGACACAGGGAUCAGGUAAUCUAGAGAGGAGAUGGGUAAGCAAAACAGCAAGCUGCGCCCAGAGAUGCUACAAGACCUGCGUGAAAAUACAGAGUUCUCAGAUCAUGAGUUACAGGAGUGGUACAAAGGUUUUCUAAAAGACUGUCCAUCUGGCAUUCUCAAUGUCGAAGAGUUUAAAAAGAUCUACGCCAAUUUUUUCCCAUAUGGAGAUGCCUCUAAGUUUGCUGAGCAUGUUUUCCGUACAUUUGACACCAACGGUGAUGGGACCAUAGAUUUCCGGGAGUUUAUCAUUGCUCUGAGCGUCACCUCCAGGGGGAAGUUAGAGCAGAAACUAAAGUGGGCGUUCAGUAUGUACGACCUGGAUGGGAACGGAUACAUCAGUCGGGAUGAAAUGCUGGAGAUUGUACAGGCAAUUUAUAAAAUGGUUUCCUCUGUAAUGAAGAUGCCAGAGGACGAGUCCACGCCAGAGAAACGCACAGAGAAAAUCUUCCGACAGAUGGACACAAAUAAUGAUGGUAAAUUAUCGCUGGAGGAGUUCAUUAAAGGUGCCAAAAGUGACCCAUCUAUUGUGCGGUUACUGCAGUGUGACCCCAGCACCGCAUCACAGUUCUGAAGCUGUCUGCAGCCUGGGAACCAUCCAAUUCAUCUAGUGGCUGUGCCUCGCCUCUGCACAGCGGCCUGUCCCAGAAUCCUUUUGGGCAUUAGAUGGACUUGAAAGCACUGCCAGUCAAUCAGCCCACUUCCUACCCCCUAUUUAUUACUAUAAAACUUGUAUUAUGUUUAUUGUAUGGAGUAACCAUGGGUUGCAUGGAGAUUUGGGGCACAGGGGUGGGUAGGGCAUAAUAUAAAGUGUCUAAAGGGACCAGAUGCACAUUGAAAUAGUAAGAGAUGCUAUGAAAUAGAGUGACCACCAGCUGCCUUGCUUUGAUAUAUACUUCGUGGCAGCGAGUUAAGGUGGUCUUUACUGAAGUGGGCAAAAGUGGAACUGGUUGCACUAAAGCAGGGAGUAACUAUGCACGCUAUAUUUAAUUUAUUUAUUAGGGGAUGAGAGGGAUGGUAGUAGAUUAUUAUGUUGUUUAGAUAUGCACUUUCCUUUGUAUCCUACUUCCUUCAUUUCAUUAGAGGGAACCCCUUUGACCUAGUGUCCUGUUCUGGGUAGGGGGAUUUGCAUAUAAUUAGACCCUACUUUGUUUUUAUUAGAACUGAAUCGGCUCUUAAUACUUGUACGUUUUCAUUACAAAGUGACAUCUUUUCCAUCCAGGUAUAUUAUUUGUAUGUAUAUUAUGUGUGCAUCCUUACAGCAAUAGAAUGAAGAAACCUAGCUGCACUAAAAGUUGCUAUUAUAGGAAAGAAUAUUUUUUAAUAGUAUUGAUGUGUUAUUAUACUAACUGCCUGUCACUAAAAAAGAUGUUUUAUGUUAUAUAAAGAGAUAACAUAAGA